AUGCCGCACGAAUCCACCGCCGUAGAGGCACAAGCGCUGUCAAUCUUCACUCCCGUGAACCUGAUCCUCCUCUCCCUGGCCGUCUACAUAAUCUACAGCCGCCUCCGCCCCGCGCCGCCCUCAAACAUCAAACACGACGCCCCGCGGGUCUUCCGCACCUUCACGCCGAAGACGCUAAGCCCCUACAACGGGACGGAGUCGCCGAGCGUCUACCUAGCGGUCGAGGGCCGCGUCUUUGACGUCACUGCCGGCAAGUCGUUCUAUGGCCCCGGCGGGCCGUACUCGAACUUUGCGGGGCGCGAUGCGUCACGGGGGUUGGCGAAGAAUAGCUUCGAUGAGGAAAUGCUGACGCCGCUGGAUAAGCCAAUUGAUAAGCUUGAAGACUUGACGGAUGAGGAGAAGGAGAGCUUGGCCGGGUGGGCGAGCCAUUUCGAGGGCAAGUACCUGCUUGUGGGGAGGCUGGUAGAGAAGGGGAGUAAGGAGGCCGAGGAGGCCAAGGAUGAGUAG